CCCGGGCGCGGGGCCGCGAUGCGCCGCUCCAGCACCGAGUCCGCGUACCGGCGCAGCCCGUCGCCCGACGCCCCCGAGCCGGGCUGCGCGCGCGGCCGCGGCUGGUUCGGGCGCGCGGGGGGCGGCGGCGCCUUCGGCCUCCGCGCCGGCCCCGGCCCCAAGGCGGCCCGCGCGCGCUACCCGUCGCCCAAGGGCGCCAAGUACGUGGUCUUCUACCUGGACCUGUCCUUCAUCUUCCUCCUAGAGCUCCGGCGCUGCAGCAUGGCGCGCGGCUGCCUGCAGGGCGUCAAGUACCUCAUGUUCGCCUUCAACCUGCUCUUCUGGCUGGGCGGCUGUGGCAUCCUGGGGGUCGGCAUCUGGCUGGCCGCCACGCAGGGGAACUUUGCGACCCUGUCCUCCUCCUUCCCGUCCCUGUCGGCCGCCAACCUGCUCAUGGUCACCGGCACCUUCGUCAUGGCCAUCGGCUUCGUGGGCUGCGUCGGGGCCAUCAAGGAGCACAAGUGCCUGCUGCUGACCUUCUUCGUGCUGUUGCUGCUGGUGUUCCUGCUGGAGGCCACCGUCGCCAUCCUGUUCUUCGCCUACACUGAGCAGAUUGACAGGUACGCGCAGCGGGACCUGAAGAAGGGGCUGCACCUGUACGGCACCCCGGGCAACGUGGGCCUCACCAACGCCUGGAGCAUCAUUCAGACGGACUUCCGCUGCUGCGGGGUCUCCAACUACACCGACUGGUUCGAGGUGUACAACGCCACGCGCGUGCCCGACUCCUGCUGCCUGGAGUUCAGCGAGAGCUGCGGGCUGCACGCGCCCGGCACGUGGUGGAAGGCGCCCUGCUACGAGACGGUGAAGGUGUGGCUCCAGGAGAACCUGCUGGCCGUGGGCGUCUUCGGGCUGUGCACGGCGCUGGUGCAGAUCCUGGGCCUGACCUUCGCCAUGACCAUGUACUGCCAGGUGGUGAAGGCCGACACCUACUGCGCGUGACCACCGCGCGGGCUCCGCGCCAAAGGACCGGGCUCCAGAGACGCCCAGUGGGCAUGUCCGAGGGGCCCCGCCCCCCGCCGGCUCUGGUGCUCAAGGCGGGCACAGCCCCGUCACCCACAUUCCACGGCGGGGGUGGGGGCUCGGCACUUCUUAGUCAGGUGCCCGAGGAGCGUCCACACGCAGACCCACACGCUUGGCACACUCUGGGGGCCGUGCCCCGGCCACCCUAGCCUCCACCACAGCCCACCACCUCCCCCAGCCCUCUCCCCCCACCC